UUCACAACAAAUAGUCUGCGGUGGUUGAGAACCCCUGCCCUAAGUGGCAUAUAGCAAAGGACCUUGCUUCAAUGGUGAUCAGCGUGGGGUUUCUCCAGACUGCAAAGAUCCAGAAGGGCUGCCUCGGGAAGACUGGCACUUUGGAGCGGUGGACGGACUCAGGAGCUGACAGAGUGUGGGGCGUGGGGCCAAGAGGAGCUGCGUAGCUCACGCAUGCGCAGUCCUGUACCGGUGUAGAAAGGCUGGCCUUACGGAUUAGAGUCCACUUUCUCAGGAGACAUGAUGAGUCAGAGUAAAGACAAUGCGCGGCUCAAGAGCUACAAGAACAAGGCGCUCAACUCAGAUGAGAUGAGGAGGAGGCGGGAGGAGGAGGGACUGCAGUUGCGCAAACAGAAGAAAGAUGAACAGCUCUUCAAGAGGCGAAACGUUGCAACGGUGGAGGAAGAUGGAGCACUGGAGGAGGAUGGAAUGGCCGACAGUGGCUAUCUGGAAUCCCAGGCCAACAACAUGGACGCCCUCAUGGGGGGGGGCAUAUCGGUGGACAUGACACAGAUGAUCUUUUCCAGUGCCCCCGAGCAGCAGCUCAUUGGCACUCAGCGCUUCCGGAAGCUCCUAUCCAAAGAACCCAACCCACCCAUUGACGAGGUCAUAGCCACUCCCGGGGUGGUGGAUCGCUUCGUGGAGUUCCUGAAGAGGAGGGAAAACUGCACGCUGCAGUUCGAGGCUGCAUGGGUGCUCACCAACAUCGCGUCAGGGACGUCCCAUCAGACCAGGGUGGUCAUCCAGGCGGGGGCCGUGCCCAUCUUCAUAGAGAUGCUCACCUCAGACUUUGAAGAUGUCCAGGAGCAGGCUGUGUGGGCCCUGGGGAACAUCGCAGGAGACAGCACUGAGUGCCGGGACUACGUGGUGGACUGCAACAUCCUGCCCUCCCUAGUCCAGUUGUUGGCCAAGCAGAACCGCCUGACCAUGAUGCGGAACGCUGUGUGGGCGCUCUCAAACCUGUGUCGAGGGAAGAACCCGCCGCCAGACUUCAGCAAGGUGUCCCCGUGUCUCAGUGUGCUGUCCUGGCUGCUGUUCGUCAACGACACGGACAUCCUGGCAGAUGCGUGCUGGGCGCUCUCCUACCUGUCAGACGGACCCAACGACAAGAUCCAGGCUGUCAUCGACUCUGGGGUGUGCCGUAGGCUGGUGGAGUUACUGCUACACUCUGACUACAAGGUGGUGUCUCCUGCCUUACGCGCUGUGGGGAACAUAGUCACGGGAGAUGACCUACAGACACAGGUGAUCUUGAACUGUUCAGCGCUUCAGUCCCUGCUCCAUCUCCUCAGCAGCACCAAGGAGUCCAUCAAGAAGGAGGCCUGCUGGACCAUCUCCAACAUCACGGCAGGCAACCGAGCACAGAUCCAGUUGGUGAUGGAUGCAGGACUGAUGCCCCCCCUCAUCGCCAUCCUGCAGGUGGCAGAGUUCCGGACACGUAAGGAGGCGGCCUGGGCUAUCACCAACGCUACCUCCGGGGGUUCAGCAGAGCAGAUCAGGCACCUGGUGGGCCUGGGCUGCAUAAGCCCGCUGUGUGACCUGCUGACCUUGAUGGACUCGAAGAUCGUGCAGGUGGCGCUGAACGGCCUGGAGAACGUGCUGCGCCUGGGGGAGCAGGAGGCCAAGAGAGGAGGGGGCAUCAACCCCUACUGUGCUCUCAUAGAGGAGGCAUAUGGCCUGGACAAGCUGGACUUCCUGCAGCACCAUGAGAACAAGGAGAUCUACCAGAAGGCCUUCGACCUGAACGAGCGCUACUUCAGUCCCGAGGAUGAGGACCCGGCGCUGGCCCCCGCCGUUGACAUGCAGCAGCAGCAGUUCCUCUUCCAGCAGUGUGAGGGCCCCGUGGAGGGCUUCCAGCUAUAAUGCCCCUCCUGCUCCAAUUCCUGCUCCUUCUCCGCUCCGCCGUCCAUCGUCUUCAUCACCUCUGUGCUUCUCCUCGUCCUCCUCCAGCCAGGGCAGAACCGUGGUCCCCUCAACUCCCACAGAUUGUUCAAGAUAAUUGUGGUGUGGUACUUCUGCAUUCGUACUCCUAGUAGACCUCACCCCUCCCUGCCUGGCGGACCGCGCGUGUGUUGGCUUGCAACAGGAACAGCGUGGUGCUUUGCCAUCGCGGUAACCCUCCCCCACUAUCACCCAACGCCACACAAGACCCCCCUGGGUUUCCACCAGCGAUCUCAGAUUGGUGGAGGAUUCCCCCUCUCCCGGUGAAGAGGGAUUUGGCAAUAACCGCUUGUCUGAUUGAACUGCAGGUGUUGACUCUAGACAGACAAACACACAGACGUGAGUUUCCAUUUGAGUUAAUUUCCCCCAGGACGACCCCAAGAGAAGGCGCUCUUAACCACUGGGCGGUGAUGAGUGACCCCAUGCAUCACCGUGGUCACCAGACUUAUUAUUCCACCGUCUGUUGAACUGUGGCAGGUCCCCCCUCCCUAAGGACUGGACUGACCGUAUUCCACUAGCAGGGCCUACAGGACAGAAUGGAAGUGACCUCCCUACCACUCCUCUCUAGCCAUCCGUCUAGCUACCGUUUGGCCAGAGUGAACGCAUUAGGAUCAGGACGGGUGUUUGGUUAAAGGAGCGCAGCUUGUUCCUCCGUUCUCAUUGGGUGUCCAUUUUGGAUCCCACACCAUGCAUUCCUUCUCCCAGUAACCACUUCUCUCACAACGGGCUCCCCACACUACAUGUGAGGAGCCAGGGGCGCACGUCCUCCCAUGGCGCCAUGGGAUCUCCAAUCUUCCAUGCACUGAGACUAAUGGACACUGAACAAAGACUAGAACUAGGUGUGCUAUUGAACAAGACGCCUGCUGCACAGCAGAGCCAUACGGGGUGCGGGUGGCAAUUUGCAUUUCAAAACUGGGCUAUAAUCCCAUUUCAUUUUUUUAAGCACUUUAGUUUGGGCCUCCUGACUGCCGGUAGUUUCUAAGUGCUUGACCCCGUUAUGAUUGUUUGACGUUGUUGGCACGUUACCCAACCAACCCGCUCAGGAAGUGAGGCGUGAACAGCACGCCCUGAAGCAGUCCCUUGUUCUGCCCCUCCCUGGUCUCGUCCGACCAUGGACCUGACCUGGAGUCCAACGAGGACUUGGCCUGCUCACAUACCAGCUGGGUUCUCCAGUGGGGCCACUUUCCAAAACAACCAACAACCCUGACAGAAAACUACCAAUGGAAAAUCGGAUUCAAAUGUUUAUUUUAGUCAUCAAGAAAAUCCAAACUGUCGGCUUCUUCUGUGUUGCUCUGGUUACAUGAGCAAGUUUGGACUUGCCAAAUUAUUCAUACUCACAAGCUAAUCCUAAUUUAUAUUUCAAGUGUUCUUCUAAAUCAUGAUUUUAAAGUUGAUAUUAAAACAGCACAUCUUUAUCAGGUAGGCCUCUCGUCUCAACUCCUCGCUGCCGUUCCCUUUUCUCCCCCCAUAAAUUAAGUAGUUUCCUCAAUCCAGAUUUAACUUUUCUGAUGAUUCUCAUCUUUGAAAAAACUCAAUCAUUGUCAAGGCCUUUUUGUGGUUUGUCAUUUUGCAAAUUGCGUGUUCUACCAUGUUCAUUAUUCCAUCGAGUUUGUGCAACUGUCCUGUUUAAACUAUUUGCAUAAAAGCAGUUUCAUGAAUGAAUGCUUGGGAGUUUAGUUUUAUGAUGUAAUAUGAAACGUCAAACAUUUUAAAUAUUUCAUGUGAACAUGAAAUUGGUUCUAUCACACAUGUUACAUCGACCAUUUUGCACACCAAAGAAAUCAGUCAUUAACACUGGUUGCUCAGCAUUCAAGUUGAAAGUUUUAAUGGUUUGAUCACUCCAGGAUACGAUUUUACAACAGCCAGUUCCACUGACCACGCUUUAUGUCAACAGACGGAUUAGACAAUAGGAACUUGCCAAAAGUAAAGGACCCAGUAUUUUAUACAGUAUCAGUUCUGAUCCAUUUCUAAGGGUUUUCAGGUAAAAACAAAUUAAUUUCAACAGUCGGUUUAGCUGUAAGAGGCAGGGGGAGAAAAUGCCCUGGGUUUUAAUAUUAGUGACAACUACAGAAACAGGAACAAAGAACACAUUUUGGUCAGAGGCAGGAAUCUGCAACCAAAAAGUUGAUCCAUGGAAAACACUGAGCAAUGACAGUGAGUGUGUACACAUCUGUAGCCUGUGUUGUGCAAGGAAAUCAAGGUUGUGUAGCACUGUGGGCUAUUUGGAUCUUGGCAUAUUUUCUACAAUUAAGGCAUGGCACCUUUAUGGAGUGCUAGGCGCGCUCUCUCUCUCUCUCUCUCUCUCUCGAUAUAGAGAGAGAUAUAUAUAGAGAUAGAGAUAUAUAACUAAUAACCGGAGAGGAUCAUUUAGUAGGUGGGACAUGUCCUGUCAUUGGGCCUUUCCAGACAUGGCGGCGGCGCUAGCGGCCUCCUGCUGCUGUAGCUGGAACUCCUGUCUCCACUUGGCCUUCUUCUCCAUGUUCUGGCCUGUCAGAGACUCAUGUCGGCCCGCUGCCUGCCCACCGCCACAGGGAAACCAGGUGAGAGGCCAAAUGGAUACGGCCAUACUUGACACAAUUGUAGUUAUUGUACAAAUAUCAGGUCAGAACUGUUCAACAUGUAUACAUCAGUGUAGUCCAUCGUUCCUCAUGAACUUGGAAGAAGAGGACCAAGAAGACCAUUUGAAACAUUGUUUGCUCUGAGGAGGCAGUUUACCAAACCAACACAGAACCCAUUGCAACAACUCCAUGUUGACUCUUACCCGUUUGCCUAAAAUGACCAUUAUCAAGCAGGCAGCUAUUGUGGUCACCAUCAUGCCGUAGCAUGCCUUCACUCUCAUCCGAUUCCUUGAGGCAUCGAUCAUCUCAAACCUGGAGCAACAGAGUGAACCACUGUUAAAUUAAUAAUGAAACACCUGCCUCACGGACAUCUGAUUUAGCCAUUUAUAGCAGACGCCUUUAUCCAAAUAAACAAAUUAAAAAUUGAAGCUGAGAACAACCAUGAUAAUUAGGCAAUCUUAGCCAAACUGAUAAUGUUGUAUUUUUCCACUUUGGGCAGACUAAGUGCAGAGUCCUUGGACAAGUGUCUGUAAUAAAUUCAGAGCCCCAUGUUAUA